CUCUACUCUUGGUUUUAUGGAUUCAUUAUUACAGUUUUCUCUUGGCAAGUCAGAAGCUUCUAUCGUUUGCCUGGCAAGACGUGUUUUGGUGCUCGUUGUCAAUGGCUGGCUCAGCGCUGUUAUGAUAGUAGUGUGGUCUGGAAUGCUGUGUCGAGAUGUCCUCAUCGUUCUACGGCAAGUCUCGAACUAAACGACAGACAGAUGGAGAUGAAGUGGACGAUCGCAUUGCCAAGCGACUAGCCACAGCUGAACGGGUCUGCAAAGUGCCUGUAUCACGGGACACUGACCGGAGCAAUGUCCGGGCUCACUCCACCCCUAGCUCUGCUGCCAGGGGACGGCUGCUCGUCACGCGGAAAUCCUGGAAGUUCUUCUCCCGACAGCAGCCUGCCAUGGACUUUGCGUGCAAAUCACAUGGUAAUUUACACGUCUUCUCGUUCGAGGAUCCUCUCUUGGGAGGUCAAGGUCGUCGGCGAUUCCUUGUGUCCUCCUAUUACCAAUUCUACUCGUGGUACAAGUCGAUAAAGAAGCUCGAGCGCACGUUCUACGAGGUGAUACCAGAAGGAUGUGUUUGCAGACUAUACUUUGACCUGGAGUACGCCAAGGAACACAACGGUGGACAUGACCCUGAUCUAUGCACAGCGUUGUUUGUAAAGGUGGUGUGUUUCUAUCUGCAUCAAGAAUACAGCAUAGAGUGUUCGCCUGAGCGAGUGCUAGACCUGGAUUCCAGCACAGAAAAGAAGUUCUCCCGUCAUCUCAUCUUCCACUUGGACAGCUGUUGUUUCCAGAAUAACAUUGAGGCAGGUCGAUUUGUUCAGUAUGUAUGUGGUGAUCUUUGGAAACAUAUCAAGUCAAGUCAGUCGAUAAGUACUGAUCUGUCGGCGGAGAGUCUUCAGCAACUCGUCAUCAAGAAAGCGGAUGGAAGCGAAGGUCUGUUUUGUGACCAAGGUGUGUACACACGCAAUCGCAAUUUUCGUCUCCUCGGUUCCAGCAAGCUGGGGAAGAGUGCAUAUCUAAACGUUGCCGCAAUGAACCGUUUCAUGUAUCUGGAUGCUCAGCGAGCUUUGGAUCCGCUCAAUACGGACUUGCAGGGCACAGCGGACGCCAAUCAGUAUGCGUUAUUCCUGUCUUCCCUUGUCUGUGCUGUAAGAUACUCGCCAACCGCUGACGUGAAGGUGCUCACCUUCCGCUCGGGGGUGCAGUCCAAGCUAUCGUUUUCGAAGGCUUCUCCUAAUGCGAGUUCAAAAGCAGACACAGGCACCCGAGCCCAAGCCAGUGCUGGUUCUUCUGCUUCUCAUGCCAGCACGGUAACGUCAGCAGUCUACUCGUCAUCGCCGUUUCCCGACGUGGAUCGCUUCGUUCUCUCCAUGUUGCCCAAGCGCAGUGGCGACGGCGUAGCCGGGGUCGUGCGCAAGUGGUUCUACUUUGCCGAAGGUAAGACUCUCUCCUAUGACAUCGGUGGUAAUCGUUGGUGUCAGAACGUACGUCGACAUCACAAGAGUAAUCACAUCAUGAUUGUUGUGGACCUAGCACUCGGCACGUACUAUCAGAAAUGUCAUGAUCCGGAUUGCCGACGUAGUGGAUAUCGUUCUCCGGAACAAUUGCUUCCCGAUGCACUUCAGACGUCGCCCUCUUCACAACAGGAGGAGAAAGCCGAGGAUGGUGAGCUGACGGGCGAUGAGCUUGACGCCGUUCUGAUUGCCUUGGAGCUGACCGAUGUUUACCUUGAUCACUUCUCUGCUGAGGAUGACACGGGAGUGCCAGGGAACUGUGAUGACAUCGCUAGUUCAGAUGACGUCAUCUCAUGCUCGGAUGACAUCACCAACCUGGUCGAUGACUCCAUGUAUGAUGCGAUAUUCGGCGAUGACGGUGCUGCAGAAAUUACAGCCGACGACAAGUCGAGGUCUGCGGCAGCCGAUGUGCCUUCCAGUACCAUAUGGACUGUGGCUCCUCCAGUGGCAGAGCAGUUGCACGGUCCCAAUGCACCUGGCGACGUGAAGGCUGCCGAUGGCCCUGCCGAAUCCUGUUCGGAGAUUGCCGACCUAACGGACGAUGAUUUGUUGGCGUUUGUUGACGACGAAGAGUAACGCACGAUGCGCACCUCGCUACAUUGAGAUUCUCCAGCUGCAGACUUGCUUGACAUCUUGGUCAUGUUACUGCAUCUACUAGCAUGCAGAACGUGUACAUGGCAUGCGAACAGUGGAGCCAACACCACCGACAUCAGGGAUUCACUGGUGUUUAGAACUUUAGAACCAACAUGGCUCGCGUAUGGGCAUGUGAUAGAUGCACAACAGCUCUACUACUUGCCAAGGUAGUGACCGGUAUGGUUACGUAAUGCAUGCGCAACAGCUCUAUUAUUUGCCAAGGUACUGACCGGUAUGGUUACGUACUGUGCAACAGCUCUACUACUUGCCAAGGUAGUGACCGGUAUGGUUACGUAAUGUGCAACAGCUCUAUUGUUUGCCAAAGUACUGUCCGGUAUGGUUACGUAAUGCAUGUGCAACAGCUCUAUUAUUUGCCAAGGUACUGACCGGUAUGGUUACGUAAUGUGCAACAGCUCUAUUGUUUGCCAAAGUACUGUCCGGUAUGGUUACGUAAUGCAUGUGCAACAGCUCUAUUAUUUGCCAAGGUACUGACCGGUAUGGUUACGUAUUGUGCAACAGCUCUAUUGUUUGCCAAAGUACUGUCCGGUAUGGUUACGUAAUGCAUGCGCAACAGCUCUAUUGUUUGCGAAGGCACUGUCCUGUAUGGUCAUGUGAUAGUUGGGCAACAGCGACCUCUCGAUUGUGUGCUACGAAGGCACUUUCUCUCAGUAGCUAGCAGACUGUUGAAGUCCCAGCCCGGGAUAGCGCGUGAAACGACGCCUUCUGGAGAUGAGGUCCGGACAGUGUACUCAGCUGAGUAAUGUGCAAUGGCGAUCAGCUCUUUGCAUGAACCUCAUGGCUGCUCACACCACACCGUAGUCCCGAGCAUUUUCUUUUAUGUUUAUUUUAAUAAGGCAGCGGGACAGGCUGAAGCAGCACUAGCAUUGGGAAGCAUGGACUGUGUUGGUUGCCAUGUGUGAUUUGAGUGCGGCUACCACAGCAGCGGACUGCGCUCUGACACCACCAACGCCACCAUUAUGACUGUUCCCCGUCUGUUGCUUCACCCUCUUUCUUUCUUUACUCUGUGUUUAGUACUGGUUAGUUUGUUUACCUGUCAAAGUAGCGUCUGCAUGCCCGUGUUUUGGAUGCAUUCUCCUUUGGGUCACCCGUGCUGGCGCGGGUGUAUGUCGUUUAGCUGGCUUGUGGCUUGUGGAUUCUGCUUGAGGUUGUAGCUCGCGUAACUUUUAAAAGAUGCAAGUACUUAUUUUAUUUUAUCCUUGAUGCUACGUACCGCCGGUACUCCAGCUGAUGUAGAAAUGCCUGACUGGCUUAUUCCGCCACGGACUGUGAUUUUAUCGUUCUUGAUUUUUGAUUUCAUUCCGUGCGGCCAUGACAAUGGUGUUACAGUGGUGCACUCGCUUGCUUGAUUAAUUCCGACCCCAUGCUGGCGAUGAACGAGGCACCACCGUUCCGUUAACUUGCCGCUUGACGAGUGCGAUUUGUGCUUGUUUUCGAGGGCGA